AUGGGCGACGGGCCGAGGUGCAAUGGGGGGCGCGGCAGGGAGAUAAGAACGUGUACUGUGUCUCUCCCGUGGCAGGUGAAGCACACGGACAGAGGGGCGGCGAUGAGCGACGAGGGCCGGGCGGCAGUGACAGCGAUCGUGGAACAGCUGGAGGCCAUGGGGCUGGAAGAGCCGCUCAAGAGUCCUCUAGUGUUCGGAGCAUGGGAGGUGGCAUACACGUCGCGCCCCACAGCAGCGGGGGGCUACUAUCGCAGCAUGCUGGGGCGCACGCUGCUGCGAUCCAAGGACCUGGUGCAGACCAUCUACCCGCCCAACGGGGUCCAUAACCUCGUGGAGUUCGAUGCGCUAUCGUUGAUUCCAGGCAGCAUCAGCCUCAAAGGCACAUUCGAGCCACUGGACAACAAGUGGGUGAGGGCGGUGUUUGAAGCACCCAACCUCGCUCUCGGCCCACUCAAGUUCUCGUACGGAGGGCAGUCGUCCGUGCGCCUGUCUGUCUCUUACCUCGAUGAGCGUGUGCGCAUUGGCCGAGGAUCCCAAGGCUCCAUCUUCGUGUUUGCUCGUCGCACUUAA